UUCUCUGCUACCAAUUGAUGUUUAGAUGGACUCCAGUGAAAUGACUCUUCAGGAAUUGGUGCAUCAGGCUGCCUCCCUUUAUUUGGACAAAGUUGCUGUAUGUUUUGAUGAGUGCAACAACCAGCCUCCAGUUUAUUACACCUACAAAACUUUGAUUAACGUUGCUUCAGAAUUAUCACAUUUUCUGCGAUUACAUUGUGAAUUUAAAGGAAUUCGGGAAAUUGGUCUCUACUGCCAACCUGGGAUAAACUUACCCUCUUGGAUUUUAGGAAUUCUCCAGGUCCCUGCUGCCUAUGUUCCUAUUGAUCCAGAUUCCUCACCAUCAUUAUCAACUUAUUUUAUGAAGAAAUGUCAUCUAAAGUAUAUACUUGUUGAGAAAAAACAAAUGAAUAAAUUCAAGUCUUCCCACGAAACGUUAUUGAACCGUGGUACAUGUAUAGCAGAACAUAAUGACCUAGGACUCUUCAGACUUCAUUGGAAAGGUGUUGAGGUGAACUUGAUGCUAAGUGAUAGGAAAGAGAAAUAUGAAAAAGAAAAAAAAAACAGAAGAGGUUCUGAGAACAUCAAUGAAGGAAAAGCAGAAGAGCACAUGGAUGUGAGGGUAAAGCAUUGCUUGGCCUAUGUUCUACAUACGUCAGGGACGACGGGGAUCCCAAAGAUUGUCCGAGUGCCACAUGCGUGUAUAGUACCAAAUAUCCAGCAUUUCCAGGUACUUUUUGACGUCACCCAAGAAGAUGUUUUGUUUCUAGCGUCACCUCUGACCUUUGAUCCUUCUGUUGUGGAAAUGUUUGUUGCUCUAUCAAGUGGUGCCUCUCUGCUUAUUGUCCCAACUUCUGUCAAAGUGCUUUCAUCAAAGUUAGCUGUGGUUCUCUUUUCCCAUCACAGAGUGACUGUUUUGCAGGCCACACCAACAUUGCUUAGAAGAUUUGGAUCUCAGCUUAUCAAGUCAACCAUUUUAUCUGUCAGCACGUCUCUUCGGGUGUUAGUCCUUGGUGGAGAAGCAUUUCCACCACUGACUGUCCUCAAGAGUUGGAGAGAAGAAGGCAAUAAGACACAAAUAUUUAAUAUUUAUGGUAUCACAGAAGUAUCAAGUUGGGCGACCUUUUAUAGGAUUCCAGAGAAGCUUCUUAACUGUACUUUGAAAUGUGACUUGCCUGUACAACUGGGAUGUCCAUUGCUUGGAACAGUAGUUGAAGUCCGAGAUACUGAUGGUUUAACAGUUCAAGAAGGCAGUGGCCAAGUAUUCAUAGGUGGCAGAAACAGAGUGUGUUUUCUUGACGAUGAAGUGACAGUGCCACUCGGUACAAUGCGAGCCACAGGAGAUUUUGUGACGGUGAAAGAUGGAGAGAUAUUUUUCUUGGGACGAAAGGACAGUCAGAUCAAGCGUCACGGCAAACGCCUUAACAUUGAACUUGUGCAACAGGUUGCUGAAGAACUCCAUCAAGUGGAGUCUUGUGCAGUUACAUGGUAUAAUCAGGAAAAAUUAAUUCUCUUCAUAGUGUCCAAAGAUGAUUCAGUAAAAGGUGACAUCUUAAAAGAGCUGCAGAAACAGCUUUCAAGUCAUGCAAUCCCGGAUGAGCUUGUGUUGAUUGCUGCCCUGCCAUUUACAUCCCAUGGCAAAAUUGAUGUUUCUGCGUUAAACAAGAUGUACUUAAACUACAUAAACUUGAAGUCUGAGAAUAAGCUCAAUGGAAAAGAGGAGCUUUGGGAAAAAUUACAGUAUUUGUGGAAGUCUACUCUGAGUCUCUCAGAAGAUCUUUUGAAGGUUCCUGAUGAUUCACUUUUCUUAAAUAGUGGUGGAGAUUCCUUAAAGGCCAUACGGCUCCUCAGUGAGAUUGAAAAACUUGUUGGUACUUCAAUACCUGGGCUUCUGGAAAUUGUUCUCAGCAGUUCCAUUUUAGAGAUUUACAAUCAUAUCUGUCAAAGAGUGUUUUCAGAUGAAGAUCUGACAUUCAGGAAGAGUUAUGCCAUUAAAAGGAAACUCAGUGACAUGAAUCAAGAGGAAUCCAAUGGAAAAUCUUUACACCAGCAAUCUGACAUGACUUUAAAUUGCAAUGAUGAGAUGAAUGCUUUCGUUGCACUGAGCAGAGGGAGUCAGAUUUUGUCUCUGAAUACUGCUAGGUUUUUAACUGGAUUAGGACAUUGCUCUUCUGAUUUAAUUUCACAGUCCAACAUUGAACAUUUGAAAAACUUAAAUCCUCCAGCUUGUAUUGGGAAGUCAAAAGACUCAUCCUGUGUUGCAGAAGUUUCUGAAGAGGGGAAAUCUGUGAUGGCUGCUGAGAAGAUGGAGUUACAUGUGAGGUGGAAAUCGGACACUUGCAAAUGUGUAGACGCUUCACCACUGGUUGUCAUACCAGCUUCUGAUAAGUCAUCUUUAUCUCCAACUGUGUACGUUGGUUCCCAUUCUCACAGAAUGAAGGCAAUUGACCUUUAUUCUGGGAAGGUGAAAUGGGAACAGACUUUGGGAGAUCGAAUUGAAUCCUCAGCAUGUGUGUCUAAGUGUGGAAACUUUAUUGUAGUGGGCUGUUAUAAUGGGAUUGUUUAUGUUCUGAAAAGUAAUAGUGGGGAAAAUUACUGGAUGUUUGCUACCGAGGAUGCUGUCAAGAGCUCGCCAACCAUGGAUCCAACCACAGGACUCCUGUACAUUGGAUCUCAUGACCAGCAUGCUUAUGCUUUUGAUAUUUAUGAAAAGAAGUGUGUUUGGAAGUUGAAGUGUGGAGGUGCAGUCUUUUCAUCUCCUUGUCUGAACAUGACUCCACAUCAUUUGUAUUUUUCUACAUUAGGAGGACUUUUACUGGCUGUAAAUCCUGCUACUGGGAACAGAAUUUGGAAACAUUCCUGUGGAAAACCACUCUUCUCUUCUCCACGAUGUUGCUUAGAGUAUAUUUGUAUUGGCUGUGUAGAUGGGAAUUUACUCUGCUUUACUCACAUGGGAGAACAGGUUUGGCAGUUCUCUGCUAGUGGGCCAAUCUUUUCAUCUCCCUGUGUCUCAGCAUCAGAGCAAGAAGUAUUUUUUGGUUCCCAUGACUGCUGUAUCUACUGUUGUAACAUGAAAGGCCACCUCCAGUGGAAAUUUGAAACUACCUCUAGGGUCUUUGCAACCCCGUUUGCUUUCCGUAACCCCAGUGGUAGCAAUGAAAUGUUGCUGGCAGUAGCAUCUAUUGAUGGGAAACUGUGGAUCUUGGAAUCUCAGAGCGGACGAUUGCAAAGUGUUUUUGAACUUCCGGGGGAAGUCUUCUCAUCUCCUGUGGUCUGGGAAUCCAUGCUCAUUAUUGGGUGCAGAAAUGAUUACGUUUAUUGUCUGGAUUUAUUGAGUGGCAAUAAAAAAUAAUCAAGUUCUGGUCCUUAUAAAUGUAUAUGUGAGAUGUUUGAAAAUAUUUUACCAUUACAGCAUAUGUAGAUAGUUUUAUAUUAAAGAUUAUAUUUUGACUAAGGAAC